AUGGAUCCUGAUAUGGAGAUCGAUACGUUCGAGCCACGGGGUACCAAAAGGCCCGCAGAGGAGGUCGAGCAGAAUGAUGAGCCGAAGAAGCCUAAGAGAAUCAGGGCCCUUGACCCUGAUGUGGUCAACAAGAUUGCAGCUGGAGAGAUCAUUGUUGCUCCCAUGCAUGCCUUGAAGGAGUUGAUUGAAAACGCCGUCGACGCUGGCUCGACCUCCAUUGAGAUCCUGAUCAAGGAUGGCGGGCUGAAACUACUCCAGAUUACCGAUAACGGCCAUGGCAUCGACCGAGAUGACCUACCCAUCCUCUGCGAGCGGUUUACAACUUCAAAGCUUAAGGCCUUCGAGGACCUCACCUCAAUAGGCACCUACGGCUUCCGAGGCGAAGCCCUGGCAAGUAUCAGCCACAUCGCCCAUCUGACCGUCACUACGAAGACGGCCGGAUCGAGCUGUGCCUGGAAAGCGGUUUACAGUGAUGGCAAGCUUGUUCCUGCGAAGCCCGGCCAAAGCGCUGCCCCCAAAGCCACUGCCGGCCGCGGAGGCACGCAGAUCACCGUUGAGGAUCUCUUCUACAACGUCCCAACCAGACGGCGAGCAUUUCGCUCCGCGAGCGAAGAAUACGCCAAGAUUCUGGACGUUGUUGGACGGUACUCCGUCCACUGCGCGGGGGUGGCCUUCUCGUGCCGUAAACACGGUGACUCGGGCGUCAGCAUCUCCACCCCGGCCAACGCAAGCACGAUCGAUCGGAUCCGACAGAUCCACGGCAGCGCCGUGGCCAACGAGCUCGUGGAGUUCCGGGUCGAGGACGAUAAGCUCGGGUUCCGCUCGUCGGGCCUGGCUACCAACGCCAACUAUCAUGUCAAGCGCACGGUCAUCCUGCUAUUCAUCAAUCACCGCUCGGUCGAGUCGACCGCCCUGAAGCGAGCAAUCGAGCAGACAUAUGCGAAUUUCCUCCCCAAGGGUGGCCACCCCUUCGUCUAUCUGGAUCUAGAAAUCGAACCGCAACGGGUCGACGUCAACGUCCACCCCACGAAACGCGAGGUCAAUUUUUUGAACGAAGACGAGAUUAUUGAAAGCAUCUGCGCCGACAUCCGCUCCAGGCUGGCCCAGGUUGACUCCAGCCGGACCUUCCUCACGCAAACCCUCCUCCCAGGCGUGCGAACCAUGGCGGCCGACGCCGAAGAACCAGACGAUGACGACAGUGGAGGGACGAUCGGGGCCCCGAAGACCCCCAAAACGCCAGCAACCACCAAGAAACCCUACGAACACAACCUGGUGCGCACCGACUCGAAAGUCCGCAAGAUCACCUCCAUGCUCACGCCCGCCGCCGCCGCCGCCGCCACCUCAUCAGCCGUAAACCCCACCACCACCACGACCGUCCUCGACGAAGAAGGCCUCCACUACGAAACCACAACCCGCGAACCCCUCCGCAUCGCCCUCACCUCCAUCAAGAACCUCCGCGCCGCCGUGCGCAGCAGCAUGCACACGACGCUAACCGAGACCAUCGCGGCGCUCACGUACGUGGGGCUGGUCGACGAACGGCGGCGCAUUGCCGCCAUCCAAAGCGGCGUGAAGCUCUACCUGGUGGACUACGGCCUCUUCAGCCACGAGUUCUUCUACCAGAUCGGCCUCACCGACUUCGGCAAUUUCGGGGUCAUAACCCUGGAUCCCGCGCCGCAGCUCAUCGACCUGCUCCGCAUCGCCGCCGAGGCUGAGGCCGAAGAAGCCGCCGACCACCAAAACACAACCUCACCCCCACCCCCAAUUCCAUCGACUACAGCAGCCGCAGAAAUCUACACCAAAGCCCCCGAAGUCAUCGCGCAAACCCUCCUCGCGCGCCGCGAGAUGCUAAACGAGUACUUCUCCCUCCAAAUCUCGGAGGACGGCGCCCUCGUCUCCCUGCCCCUGCUGCUGAAGGGCUACCUGCCGUGUCUCGCCAAGCUCCCGAAGUUCCUGCUGCGGCUGGGGCCCUACGUCGACUGGUCGAACGAGGAAGCGUGCUUCCGCAGCUUUCUGCGCGAGUUGGCCGCGUUUUAUGUCCCGGAGCCGUUGCCGUUGCCGCUGCCUGCGGAGCAUGCACAAACAGCUGGAUCAGGAGCAGCAGCAGGAGCAGCAGCGAGGGAGCAAACCUUCCCCUCUCCUACCGAUCCAACUGAUGACAACUCUACCGAGAAGCGAUCCAUCCCGCAGGAAAACUCCGCAGAGCACGAAACAGAAAGGUACAUAGAGCAGCGCCGCGUGCAAAUAGCCCGGAUGCUGGAGCACGUCGUGUUCCCGGCGAUGCGCGGCCGGUUGGUGGCGACGACGCGGCUGUUGGGCGGGGUGAUUGAGGUGGCGGAUUUGAAGGGGCUGUAUCGGGUUUUUGAGCGGUGUUGAUUUCGCCCCUUUGCUUGCUUGUGGUGUGUUCGGUCUGUGGGGGUGGUGUGGUGUUGGGGGGUUGUCGUAGAUGUAUGUAUCUCGAGGAAUAGGGAGGCCUUG